AUGAAUGACCAGGCGUCCGCGGACAGCGUGGCCCGCAGAGUCUGCUUCGAGUGCCACCCGUACGAGCCCGAGAUGAUUCUGCAGCUCUGCGGUGCGCAGUUCCGCCAGGUCGACAUCUCCACGGUCAGCGGAGGGUGGAGGUCGGUGACAGCUCCUUACGUCGGCAUGGCGGAGGCGCCCGCGUGGGUGGAGAAGUACGCCACCUGCGAGUGGCGGAGCAAGGAGAUGUGCCUGCUGGAGUGGCUGCGGAAGACGAACGACGAUGGCGGGAUUGCUGGGUGGCUGAAAGCUCGCCACAAGGCGGCUCUAUACGAGGCCGCGUACCAGCAUCACUGCGCCACGUUGACGCCCGGAGGAGAGCCGCCGUCGCCCGCGGGAUAUCGCAGCGAUCUCCGAAAGCAGUACAAGCAGAGCGGCGAGGGUGCCCCGUUCUUGGUGUGGAUGGAGGAGAUGUCCGUGCGCGCGGGCGCGAGCGCCGCCGAGUUCCCCUCGCUGGAGGAGUUCGCGCGGGACUACGUCGUGAGAGGCGAGAAGAUUGUCGCGGUGGACACGGUUUUCGAGUUCAACGACAGGUACUACGGGCAAUGGGCGGCCAUGAACGUGCCAUUCCGGGACUUGGAGGAUUUGCGAUUCGACGUGGUGGACAAGCUCGUGCCGGCGAAGUUCCGGCACCUCGCCGCGGCGCUGAAGCUCUGCGCCGACCGCAGCAGAGUCCCCGAGGAAUUCCGCGAGCUGUUCGUCGACGAGAGGAAGUUCAUGGAUCACAUGAAAAGCGCGGCGAGCUCCCAGAAGUUCAGCGAGAGCGUAUACCGCAUGAUUGUCGGGCAGCGGAAGCUCAUCGACCUGUGCCUCACGGGCGUCCUGGACAAGAACGACGAGAGAACCGCGCGGGACGCCGAGGCCGCCGCGACCGGGGGCCGCCGGCAGGCGCGCGAUGGAGCGCAACCAGACGUGACCUUCUUUCGGAAGCAGUUGCACUUCGAGGAGACGGUCAACGAGAGCGUGGACCGCGCUCUGCAGGCAAAUCAUUCGGAGAACUGGGAGGAGGCAGACGAGGCGCGCGAGGAGGCUUUCCAGAAGAACAAACCGAUAGUAUGCCUCGGAAAGCCAGGGACGGGGAAGACCACGGUUGUAAAGUGCUGCAUCCGCCGCGCGCAGGAGCGAGGCGCCCGCGUCCUGUUCGCCCUCCCGACGGCGCAGCUGUCGAGUCGCAUGAAGCAGGUCUUGCAGGACCUGGAGAGCGUAGAGAUCGCGACGUGCCAUGCGGCGUUCAAGCUGAACCAACCCAUCACAGAGGCGCUCCCGCUGAUGACCAUGUACGACCUGGUCGUCGUGGACGAGGUGUCGCUCUUGGACUGCCCGCAGUUCGAGCGACUGAUCAAACUGUGGAGCGUGGCAGAGAAAGUGCCCGCGCUGGUCUUCCUUGGGGAGAAGUACCAGCUGCCGGGGGUUGGAGAGACGCGUCCGUGGGAGAGCGCUGCGUGGCCUCGCCCGAAUUGCUACCACGUGAAGCUGGGCGAGACGUGGCGCUGCAAGGAGGAACGCUUCCAGCACAUCCUGGACCAGCUCCGCACCAGCAAGCCGUCGAAGGAAACGCUGCAGAAGAUCUGUCGCGGCCACAAGGCUUGGAAGAUCGGCGCGCCGACUCCGGCAGACCUGAAGGCGCUGUUCGAGAAGCACCCGGAGACGCGGAUUGUGACCUGCACGCGCAAAGGCGCCGCCACCGUGAAUGAGGCCGCCAUCGUUGCUCUGCACGGCCGGAAGAGUCCCCUGGGCACGCUCCCCGGGGACGUGGAGCUGAAUCCGGAGAAUUACUGGGGCGGCAAAUUUCGCACGGACCGCCGGCCCAUUCCAAGCGCAGUUCCCGUGUACAAGAAGAUGAAGGUCUACUUGACGAAGAACGUGCGCAAAGAGGAUGACUACGUGAACGGCAUGCUCUGCGAGGUGGAGAAUUAUCAUGCCGACGAGGACAUGCUGCGCGUGCGCACCAAAACGGGCCACCGCCUGGCGAUCUCGAGUGUUUGCAGGCUCGUGAAGACUGCCGAAGACUGA